AUGAACAGGUACUGCCAGAGGGAAUGGUUAGAGACAUUCGAGUUCGUGUCCUACUCUACAGAACAGGAUGGUCUGUACUGUCUCCCCUGUGUUUUGUUUCCCACCUCUUCAACGCGUGAACAACCCACCCUUCUAGUGAAGCGGCCGUUUAGAAACUGGAAGGACGCUAAAAACGAUCUGCAAGUCCAUGGACUCUUGGAGAACCACCGAAACUCAGAAGCGAGGAUGAAGGCGUUUAAGGACACAAUGCAGAAUCCAGGGCGUCGUAUUGACCUGUCCAUGACAUCGGAGUCGAUUAAUCGCACAAAGAAGAACCGCGCUUUUCUCCUUUCAGUCAUCAAGUGCCUGGAGGUAUGUGGCCGGCAAGGAUUCGCCCUUCGCGGACACCGUGACGAUAGUACAGCGGACCCCUUAUCUAACAAAGGGAAUUUCCACGCAUUACUACAGUUAAGGGUGGAUGCUGGAGACGUGGCACUUGCAGAGCACCUGGAGACAUGCGCACGCAAUGCAACCUACAUUUCAAAAACGUCACAGAAUCAGCUCCUAGAAUGUAUUAAACAAUACAUUCUAGAGACAAUUGUAAAGGACAUAACUAGCCAACCUUUCGGUCCACACUAUGGCAUUAUGGCGGACGAGGUUACUGACGUAAGCAACUGGGAGCAGUUGGGCCUACUAGUUCGCUACACAAAAGAUCAAAAACCUGUGGAAAGGUUGCUCAUGUUUUCAGAGUGUGAGAAGAUAACAGGAAGAGCCCUGUGCGAUACGAUCGCUGCUGACCUCGCCGGGGUGAACCUGGACCCAGCAAACUGCAGGGCGCAGUGUUUCGAUGGUGCUGGGAACAUGGCGGGAGUACGGAAUGGCUGCGCUGCAAACUUCAAGGAGAUCGCCACCAGAGCACCGUACUUCCACUGUGCAAGCCAUGAUCUCAACCUGGCCCUUUGCAAAGCCUGCAAGGUACAGGAUAUCCACUGCAUGAUGGAAACUCUGAAGGCAGUGGGCAUCUUCUUCAAGUACUCACCCAAAAGAACACGAGAGCUGGAAAAGGCCGUUGAGAAUGAGAACGAAGAAAGGCGUGCCGCCGGCCGUACACAACUCCUGAAAACCAAAGUCAAGCCGAUGUGCGAGACACGCUGGGUAGAGAAGCACACCUGCCUGGAGGACUUCCACGAACUUCACGAGCCCCUCACGGAUUGUCUGGAAGCAAUCACAUCAGAGGAGGGAUGGGACGCAAAAGCACGCACGGAAGCAGGUGGGUUAUUGUCUCAACUGAAGAGGCCUGCGUUCCUGUGUGCCUUCGAGUGUGCUCUGUACAUCUUUGGCUACACAAAAUCUCUCAGUACUCUUCUACAAGGAAGCACGAUGGACAUAAUCAAAGCGUACGAACAAGUGGACCUUGUUCGCAAAGAGUUGCGGUCCAUCAGAGAGAGAGCUGAUGAGGAGUUCCAUCAAGUGUACCUAAGUGCAAGCGAGAUGGCGCAGAGGCUUGGCCAAGACAUGGAAGUGCCGCGUCGGUGUAGACGACAGACCCAAAGGUGCAAUGUUGAGGCCGACACGCCUGAAGUUUACUUCAGAAGGUCAAUCUUUGUGCCUUUUGUGGACGGUAUGGUGGAGCAGCUUACAUCACGCUUCCCACAGCUAACAGCCCAUGCUUGUCGCGCUCUUAUGCUCAUCCCGUCAAACGUACACAGCCUUCAACAAGACCACAUCCAGCAGCUACGCGAAUACUAUGAACCGGACCUACCAUCUCCGCUAUCUUUACAACAGGAGCUUCGUCUGUGGAAGGCACAGUGGCAAGGUGUAAUUGUUACUGAAAAGCCAGACUCACUUGACGCAACCAUCAGCCAUCAAUACAGCAACCCAGCAAUCUUCCCCAAUGUGUGUAUGAUGUUGCAACUCCUGAUGCUGACGCCAGUGACCACUGCUGGAGUAGAAAGAGCAAAUUCCGCACUCAGGUACAUCAAGGAUGUGUACAGGAGCACCAUGGGUGAGGAUCGCCUCAACGCGCUGAUACUCCUCUUUGUCCACAGGGACAUUCCGCUUGAUUAUAACAGAAUCAUAGAUAUCUACGCUACAGGGCAUCCACGCAGAAUGAUGUUCAUCAACCCACUAGCAGAGUAA